AUGAAGAGUAGCAUUUCCUUGUCCAUUCUAAUUGUCCUGUGCUUGGCCUUCUGCAUUGCUCGUUCGACCAAUGCAGUCGUUCCAUGUGGCACAGUGGAUGUGAAAGCUACUUCUUGCAUCAUGUAUGCAACCGGGAAAGAUGCAAAGCCUUCGGGAGCUUGUUGUGCCGGACUGCAACAAUUGGCCCAUAGCGUGAAAACGGUCAACGAUAAAAAAGCAAUUUGUAGGUGUCUCAAGGCCGCAAUUAAGAAUUUUUCCGGGGUUCAGGACAAGUUCCUUAGUCGAAUCCCGACAGCUUGCAACAUCAAAGAUGGUUUUCGUGUCUCUAUCAACACCGAUUGCGAAAAUUUUGCUAUGGAGCCAUCGGGUGGCUCGACUUAUGGAGCCAUCCACACUUAUUCACCAAUAGUGUAUUGA